AUGGCUCCCCCAACCAUAGCCAUCACCGGCGCCUCAGGCAAACUAGGCGGCGCCACGUUCUCGGCGCUGCUAUCACACUCCCUCGCCCCGCCUGCAUCCAUGAUCGCCCUGACCUCGUCGCACCCCUCCUCAGCCACAUGGACCGCGCUCGCGAGCGCCGCCCGCGGCGUCCAGGUGCGGCACGCCAGCUACGACGAGCCGGUCGAAUCCUUCGCGGAGGCGCUGCGAGGCGUGGAUCGCCUGUUUCUAGUGUCGACGCCGCGCGUCGCGCUGGAUUUCGACGAUGCGAAGGCGGGCGGGCGCGAGAUGCAUCAUAAAGUGGCUAUUGAUGCGGCGGUCAUGGCGGGCGUGGGACGGGUGUAUUAUUCGAGUUUGGCUUUUGGAUUUGAUGGGAAGAGGGCGAGGGUUAAAGGAGGAGGCGAUGAGGAGGAUGGGAUAGACGCAGAGGAGGAAGAGGGCGUCACGAAAGGCACGACCAACCACAGCAAAGCAGGCGUCAUGCGCGCCCACCUGCGCACCGAGGCGUACCUCCGCGAAUGCAGCGUCAAGCACGGCCUCGGCGUCACCGUCUUGCGCGAGGGGCUGUACAACGAGUCCUGGCCUUUGUACCUCGGCUACUUUGCGCCGAGCGGCAGGGAUGAUGAUCGCGCCGUUGUGCCGCUCGCAGGUGAUGGGCGCAUCUGCUGGACGGCGAUUAAGGACCUGGGCAUCGCGAGCGCGGUUGUCCUGGCGGCGUCGGGGGAGGACGACGUGUACAGGGGGAGGACGUUUUACCUCUCGACGCGACCGCGGACUGCGCGGAGCAUGAAGGAGAUCGCGGCGAUGGUUGGACGGGCGAGGGGGAGGGAGGUCAGGGUCGAGGUCGUGGGCAGGAAGGAGCAUGAGCGGUAUUAUGUGCAGGAGCGCGGGCUGGACAGGGCGGCGGUGGAGUGGUGGGCUAGCACGUACGAGGCGAUGGAGGAGGGUGAGUGUUUGAUCGAUGACCCGACUUUGGAGAGGCUGUUGGGGAGCGUGGGGGUGACGGCGACGCCGGUGGAGGAGACGGUGGCUGCGAUGGUGAAAGGGGGGACAGAAACUGGGUGA